CAUUAUUAAGCAAUAAAUGUAUUUAAUAUUUUAUGAUUAUUGUCCACUGAUUAUCCACUGACCAGUGCCCAAUGCCCAUUAAGUAUUAAAUGUUGUGAUCCUCAAUCUUAAUCGUAAUUCAUAAUCAUUAUUUAUUCUACAUGCGAGUAUUUGAUUAUGCGAUUCUAAAUGACUGAUAACUAAUGCUUAAUAAGUAAUAACUAUAUAUUUUAUAAUUUAUUGUUAUUAUAUACAUCUAUGUCCUACAGUAGUACAGACUACAGACGUACUUCUCGUGUUGUGUGCAAUAUUCAUUUUAUUCGUUUUUUCCACGUGGUUUUUUGCGGUUUCAGCUUAAUCACUCAGGUAGUUUUAACCAACGACUGAUUCGUAUCCUGUAAUGGCUAGUGUACUUGUGGUUGGUGGCGGAGGUCGAGAAAAUGCAAUUGCUUGGAAAUUAUCACUUUCUUCAAAAGUGAAAAAAAUUUAUAUUACACCAAACAACAUUGGAGCUGUAUUAUUGCCUCAAGUUGAAUUUGUAGAUUUGGAUAUUAACAAUUUUGAAUUAUUAGCAAAAUGGUGUGUGGAUAAAUCUAUAGACUUAAUAAUUGUGGGUCCUGAAGAUCCUCUUGCAUCUGGAAUUGCUGAUGUAUUAGCUGCUUAUAACUUGAACUGUUUUGGACCAUCUGCUAAAGCAGCCCGUAUUGAAAGUGACAAAGAAUGGUCAAAACAAUUUAUGGAUGAGUUUAAUAUUCCAACAGCCAAAUGGAAAUCAUUUAAUGAUGUUAAACAAGCAACAGAUUUUGUUUAUUCGGCUGAUUAUCCUGCAUUAGUAGUUAAAGCAAGUGGUCUUGCUGCGGGCAAAGGAGUGGUAGUUGCUUCUAAUAAACAAGAAGCAUGCUUGGCAUUAGAUGCUAUCUUAACAGAAAAUCGUUUUGGUAAAGCUGGUCAGACCGUUGUAGUUGAAGAAUUAUUGCAAGGAGAAGAAGUUUCUGUUUUAUGUUUUACUGAUGGUGUUAAUAUAAAUGUCAUGUUACCAAGUCAAGAUUAUAAGAGAGCAUAUAAUCAAGACAAGGGUCCAAAUACUGGAGGUAUGGGAGCAUUUUGUCCUUGUUAUAACAUGCCUCAAAAUGAGUUGGAUGAGGCAAAAGAUAUUUUACAAAGAGCUGUUGAUGGCCUUCGUAAUCGUGGGUCUCCUUUUGUUGGUGUUCUUUAUGCUGGAUUGAUGGUAACUAAUGAUGGUAUUAGAGUUUUAGAAUUCAAUUGCCGUUUUGGUGAUCCUGAAACCCAGACAAUAUUGCCACUAUUAGAAUCAGACUUUUAUGAUAUUAUGAAAGCAUGUUGUGAUGGUACUUUGGAUAAAGCUGAAGUUAAAUGGAAAACUGAUCAAUUUUGUGUCGGUGUUGUGAUGGCUAGUAGAGGAUAUCCGUUAACAUCUAGUAAAGGGGAUGUAAUAUCUGGAUUAUCUAGUGUAACAAAAGGUAUGGUAUUUCAUAUGGGUACUAAAUUGAACAAUUAUGGGGAAUUAGUUACAAAUGGAGGCCGUGUAUUGAUUGUGGUAACUACUCAUCAAGACUUAGUUUUAGCUGCUGCUAGAGCCACUAUGGCUUGUGGCAGAAUAACGUUUAAUGGUGCUCAAUUCAGAACUGAUAUUGCUCAUAGAGGAAUUGCUAGAGCAAUUCUUGCUAAAGGUGCUACAACCUACAAGUCUAGUGGUGUUGAUAUAACUGCUGGUAAUAAUCUAAUACCAAUUUAUAAACAAAUGGUAUCCGUUACAAAACGUCAAGGAGUACUUGGAGAUUUGGGAUCAUUUGGUGCCAUGUUUGAUCUUAAAGCAGCUGCAUUCCAGGACCCAAUACUUGUGUCAAGUUCAGAUGGAGUUGGCACUAAAUUGAAGGUUGCUCUAACAUGUAAUAGUCAUGAAUCAAUUGGACAAGAUCUUGUUGCAAUGUGCGUUAAUGAUAUAUUAGUUCAUGGUGCUGAACCUCUAUUUUUCCUUGAUUAUUAUGCAACUGGUCGACUGGAAGGAGGAGCUGUUGUUCAAGUGGUUAAAGGCAUUGUAGAUGGUUGUCAUCAAUCUGGAUGUGCUCUUAUAGGUGGAGAAACAGCAGAAAUGCCUGGCCUUUAUCAUAAUAAUGACUAUGAUGUGGCAGGUUUUGCAGUAGGAGCAGUAGAGCGAAAUAAGAUCUUGCCUCGUAUUGAAGAUAUUGUUUCUGGAGAUGUUGUUAUUGGUUUAGAAUCAAGUGGUGUUCAUGCUAAUGGAUUUAGUUUAAUUCGUAAAAUAAUGGACAUGGGUUGUCAUAAGUUUACAGAUGAAGCCCCUUUUAGCUUGGACAAGAAAACUUAUGGUGAAGAACUUUUAACUCCUACAGUAAUUUAUGUUGAACGUGUAUUACCUUCAAUAAGAAAUAACCAUAUUAAAGCAUUGGCUCAUAUUACUGGCGGUGGUUUAAUAGAAAAUAUUCCGCGUAUCUUACCAAAAAAUAAAAAAGUUGUUUUAGAUGCUACAAAAUGGAAUAUACAGCCUGUUUAUGGUUGGAUAGCUGCAACAGGUAGCAUCAAUGAAACGGAAAUGUUGCGAACACUUAAUUGUGGCUUGGGUAUGAUAUUAAUUAUUGAUAGGAAACACGUUGAAGAUGUUCUAUCUGCUACUAAUGGUAAAGUUGUUGGCAUAGUUGAUGAAAAAAUGUCUGACGAACAACCAGUUGAAGUGAAAAAAUUUGCAAAUCGUAUGGAGCCUCUAAUGCGUCCCCAUAUUCAGACAUAUGUGGCAUCUAGGAUGCAUCCUAAAAUGCGUGUAGCUGUUCUUAUAUCAGGAUCUGGAACCAAUUUACAAUCAUUGAUUGAUACUACUACUGAUGAUCCAUCUAUGAUGUCUGAAAUCGUUUUAGUAAUCUCCAAUAGACCUGAGGUUGAAGGUCUUAAGCGAGCUAGACGUGCUGGUAUAUUGGCUUUGGAAAUAGAUCAUACUAAGUUUAAAUCACGAGAAGAAUUUGAAAAUGAAAUAUUGAAGGCAUUAGAUCGAACACAAGUAGAUGUUGUUUGCUUAGCUGGUUUUAUGCGAGUAUUAACAAAAAACUUUGUAAGCAAGUGGAGAGGUCGUCUUUUAAACAUACAUCCAUCACUUUUACCUUUAUUUAAAGGUCUUCGUCCUCAACAACAAGCCAUUGAAUCCGGUGUACGAGUUACUGGCUGUACAGUCCAUUUUGUAGAAGAAGAAAUUGAUACUGGAGCAAUUAUAGUACAAGAAAGUGUGAAUAUAAGUGUAGAUGAAUCAGAAGAAAGUCUCAUUGAAAAAAUUAAGAAGGUUGAACAUAUUGCUUUUCCAAAAGCUUUAAAACUGUUUGCUACUAAUCAAGUUUAUUUGGAUAAAGAUACUGGUAAAGUAAAAUGGUCAUCUAAUUCAAAUGAUAUAUUCAGAAAUAUUGUUUAAAAUAACAACUAAGAAAUGUUUUUACAUU